GGCCGCAUUGUUCUCAGCUACUGUUACCCUGUAGAGUUUCGUGAUUUUUUUAUCGCUGAUGAACUGAAUAGUUUGUCGUACUCUUUCUGGACAUUGGGUUACUUUUUCUGUGCUUACUGGCGGCAUUGGACCGAUUUAGGUAUCACAAUGUUGAUUACACCGUUUGUGGCAUCUUUACCACCAUGGUGGCGUUUGCUGCAAUGUAUACGCCGCUAUCAAGAUUCGAGGCAGAAAGUACAUUUGGUGAACGGUGUAAAAUAUACCACCAGUAUAUUAGCUACCAUGAUCACUGGUUUUCGAAGAUCGUAUCCUUCUGGUAUCAUGGAUGUUGCUUGGGUUUUGUCCAGUAUCCUGAACUCUUCCUACACCUCGAUUUGGGAUAUCAAGAUGGAUUGGGGCUUACUUCAACCCAACAGUCAGCAUUUCCUGUUGCGCGACGAAUUAGUGUUUGCCAGCUGGACUUAUUACGCUGCCAUCCCGAUCAAUAUCAUGUUACGGUUUGCGUGGACCAUCAAUGCGGCCGGUCUUCGCCUCGAUGGACAAUUGCUUGCUUUUAUCUCGGCGGCUUUGGAGGCCGGCCGUCGUCUGCAGUGGAACUUUUUCCGUCUUGAAAAUGAG